AUGGGGAAGAAAAACGGGAUUUUUCGCUAUGCAGAUACGGUCGACAAGCUUUUGAUGUUCUUUGGGACUUUAGGCAGCAUUGGAGAUGGACUGCAAAUACCUCUUAUGAUGUUUGUUCUCAGUGCUGUCAUCAAUAAGUAUGGAGACCUUAACAGUCCAGUCUCUAAUCAUACUGUAGACAAGUACACACUGAAGCUACUCUAUGUUGCCAUUGGAGUGGGACUAUCUGCUUUCAUCGAAGGAUUAUGUUGGGCAAGAACGGCAGAGAGACAGACUUCUAGGAUGAGAUUAGAGUACCUGAAAUCUGUCCUUAAACAAGAAGUUGGUUUCUUUGACACGCAGGCAGCUGAUUCUUCAAAAACUUAUCAAGUUGUUACGACAAUUUCUGCGGAUUCCAAUACGAUCCAAAUCACCAUAGGGGAGAAGAUACCUGACUGCCUAGCCUAUAUGUCAUCCUUCAUCUUCUGCCUCGUAUUUGCAUUCUCACUAUCAUGGAGGCUUACUUUGGCUGCUAUACCAUUCACCAUAAUGUUCAUUGUCCCUGGACUUGGAUUUGGAACGAUGAUGAUGAAUGUGGCGAUGAAGACGAUAGAGUCUUAUGCAGUCGCAGGUGGAAUUGCAGAACAAGCAAUUUCCUCGAUCCGGACUAUAUAUUCCUAUGUUGCUGAGAAUGAAACCCUCGAGAAGUUCAGUCAUGCACUGCAAAAAACUAUGGAUUUAGGAAUAAAGCAAGGUUUUGCAAGAGGCUUGAUGAUGGGGAGCAUGGGAGUUAUUUAUAUUAGCUGGGGAUUUCAAGCUUGGGUUGGAUCUCUUUUGGUCAGCAGAAAAGGAGAAAAGGGUGGAGACAUUUUUGUAGCCGGAUUCAACGUUCUCAUGGGAGGAUUAAAUAUUUUGACUGCCCUUCCAAAUCUCACUGCAAUUGCGGAAUCUAAGGCGGCUGCUGUUCGCAUUACAGAGAUGAUUGAUCGCGAACCAGCCAUUGAUUCUGAUGAUAAGAAGGGAAAAGCUCUAUCAUAUGUGAGAGGAGAAAUUGAAUUCAAAGGUGUCUAUUUUACUUACCCGUCAAGACCAGAUACGCCCAUAUUGCAAGGCUUGGAUCUUACAGUUCCAGCCGGGAAAACUGUCGGUCUUGUUGGGGGUAGUGGCUCUGGAAAGUCCACCAUCAUUUCACUGUUGCAAAGAUUUUAUGACCCUAUAGAAGGAGAAAUUUUCUUGGAUGGAUACAAAAUAAAGAGGCUUCAUCUCAAAUGGCUCAGGUCCCAAAUGGGAUUGGUUAAUCAAGAACCAAUCCUCUUUGCAACAUCUAUAAAAGAAAAUAUAUUAUUUGGGAAGGAGGAAGCAUCUACAGAGGAUGUAGAGAAAGCAGCCAAGGCUGCAAAUGCACAUGAUUUCAUUAUCAAGCUACCAGAUGGAUAUGAAACUCAAGUUGGUCAAUUUGGAGUUCAGUUAUCAGGAGGACAAAAACAACGCAUAGCAAUAGCAAGGGCUUUGAUAAGGGAUCCGAAAAUCUUGCUUCUUGAUGAAGCCACGAGUGCACUGGAUACAGAAUCUGAAAGAAUUGUACAGAAGGCUAUAGACCAGGCAUCUAAGGGAAGGACAACCAUAGUUGUGGCUCACCGUCUCUCUACAAUCAAGAUGAGUAACUUGAUUGUGGUUCUCCAGUCGGGAAGAGUUGUUGAAUUAGGUUCACAUGAUGAGCUUAUGCGACUGAAAGAUGGAGAGUACUUCAAAAUGGUUCAGUUGCAACAAUCAGCAACUGAAAAUGAUACUAAAAGUAAUUCCAACCAUCAGAUUGAAGAAAAAAAUCACAAGAUGAUUAUCCCUCCAAGCCCAUUGAGUGCCAGGUCAAGUGCACAAAACACUCCAGCUUUGAACCCAUUUAGCCCAGCAUUUUCAAGGAGUACACCCUACUCCUUCUCUGCUCCAUACUCAAUUCAAUACGAGGGCACAUACGACAGUGAUGAUGAAGAUUUCAAUGGACCAGCUAAUCCUACUCCAUCACAGUGGCGUUUACUGAGCAUGAACACACCUGAAUGGGGAAGAGCUUUGCUCGGGUGCUUAGGAGCCAUAGGCUCAGGAGCUGUUCAACCAGUUAAUGCCUAUUGCGUGGGAGCACUUAUAGCUGUUUACUUCAGGACAGAUAAACACUCCAUUACAUCUCAUGCAAGAGGGUAUUCUCUCGUAUUUGUAGGCCUUGGAGUUUUCAACUUCUUCACCAACCUUCUGCAGCACUACAAUUUUGCUAUCAUGGGAGAAAAGUUAACUAAAAGACUAAGGGAGAUGCUGCUGGGAAAACUCAUGACUUUUGAGAUUGGAUGGUUUGAUGAAAGUGAAAACACAAGUGCAGCAAUAUGUGCACGAAUAUCAACAGAAGCCAACAUGGUUCGCUCACUUGUUGGAGAUCGCUUGUCCCUGUUGACUCAAGCAUUUUUUGGAGCUAUCUUUGCCUACACACUAGGACUCAUUUUGACAUGGCGGCUAGCCCUUGUGAUGAUGGCGGCUCAGCCCUUACUCAUCGGAAGCUUUUAUUCAAGGAGUAUUCUUAUGAAGAGUAUGUCUGCAAAAGCUGAAAUUGCACAAAAGGAAGGAAGCCAACUAGCAAGUGAAGCUGUCAUCAACCAUCGAACUAUAACUGCAUUUUCAUCUCAGAAGAGGAUAGUGGGGCUCUUUAGAGCCACACUGGAAAGCCCAAGGAAGGAGAGUAUCAGACAAUCCUGGUUUGCAGGUGUUGGCUUAUUUAGCUCACAAUUUCUUGCAGCAGCUUCUACAGCAUUAGCUUACUGGUAUGGAGGGAAGUUAUUGACACAAGGGUUAAUAACUCCCGAGCGACUUUUCCAAGCAUUUCUAGCACUUCUAUUCACGGCAUAUACCAUUGCUGAGGCAGGAAGCAUGACAAAAGAUUUGUCGAGAGGAACUAAUGCUGUUCGUUCAGUUUUUGCAAUCCUCGACAGAAAGAGUGAGAUUGAUCCAGAGAACUCGUGGCAAAUUGAUGCAAUGAAGAAUGGUAUUAGGGGCCGUGUUGAGCUAAGGAAUGUGUUCUUUUCUUAUCCAUCAAGACCUGACCAGAUGAUCUUAAAGGGCCUCAAUCUUAAAAUCAGAUCAGGAACCACUGUUGCAUUAGUUGGCCAGAGUGGUUCAGGGAAAUCGACAAUUAUUGGACUCACUGAAAGAUUUUACGAUCCAAUUAAGGGAUCAGUGUUUAUUGAUGAUAAGGACAUAAAGGAGUAUAAUUUGAGAACCUUGAGGUCACACAUUGCGUUAGUCAGUCAGGAGCCAACGCUAUUUGCAGGAACCAUAAAUGAGAAUAUUGCCUAUGGGAAACAGAAUGCGACAGAAUCUGAAAUACAUAAGGCUGCAAUACUUGCUAAUGCCCAUGAAUUUAUAAGUGGGAUGACAGAUGGAUAUGAGACCUACUGUGGAGAGAGAGGAGCUCAGCUAUCUGGAGGCCAGAAACAAAGAAUAGCUCUGGCUCGUGCAAUAUUGAAGGACCCUACAAUCCUGCUGCUGGAUGAAGCAACUAGUGCUCUUGAUAGUGUGUCAGAAAGAAUGGUUCAAGAAGCACUAGAGAAGAUGAUGGGUGGUCGAACUUGCAUUGUUGUGGCUCAUCGAUUGUCUACAAUACAGAAAUCUAAUUCCAUUGCAGUGAUCAAAGACGGAAAAGUUGUUGAACAAGGUUCACACUCUGAUCUACUCUCAAUGGGAGAUGGUGGUGCCUAUUAUUCGCUUGUUAAGCUGCAAGGUGGCAGCUCUCUUUAA